CCUACCAAAUCCCCUCAAAACCAUCUUCUUCUUCUACUAAUUCAUCUCUCUCUCUCUCUACCUACCAAAUUCCCUCAAAACCAUCUUCUUCUUCUUCCAAUUCAUCUCUCUCUCACUCUCUCAUGGGAAACUACAUCUCUUGCACCCUCUCCCCUAUCUCUACCAAGAACUCCAAAGGCCUGAAAGUAAUACUCCCAAGCAGCGAAAUCCGGCAAUUUGAUCAGCCCACCAACGCCGCCGAGCUCAUGCUAGAGACCCCAAACCACUUCCUGGUCAACUCGGAGUCGCUGCACAUCGGACGGAGGUUCUCAGCCCUUGCCGCCGACGAGGACCUGGAGAUGGGCCACGUCUACAUCAUGUUCCCCAUGCGAAGGGUCAAUUCUGUAAUUACACCUUCCGACAUGACCGGGUUGUUUAUGGCGGCUAAUUCGGCCAUGAGGCGGUCCUCUGGAUGGAAGGCUAGGAUCUUGCCCGACUCAAGUGGGUCCCCACAAACCUCGAAUGUUGAGACCCAGAAAAAUUGGGUGGAAAAUCAAGGGCCAAGAUUAAAUUUGGAGGAGAUUGAGGAUAAUAGUAUUGUUGAAUUUAAGGCAAGGUUGAGCAUGUGUAGAUCAAAGAGGCCUACGUUAGAGACCAUAACUGAAGAAACCGUUAUCAGUUCUAGAUGACCAACGGUAAACCUUUUUUUUUUUUUUUAACUCUCUUUUUUCAUGUGUAUUGUAUUUGUGGUGAAAGAGAAAAGAAAAGAAAAGAAAAAAAUCAAAUCAAAUCAAAUACCAUUGUCGUUCUUAAGAAAAGACAAUUAAUUAGAAAUAUAUUUGUAUUUUUAUCUUUUAA